UUCCGCGCGAAAAGACGGCCCGCGCGCCGCUGCAGCAUAUAGAUUCCAUACGAAACCGCGAGCUGCUGCUGCCGCGCGAGCACCGCGAGAGAGUCCCGCUUUCCACGAAGCCGCUUUGAAACGCGCCGCGUCGCUCUUUGCCGCACACGGACACUCGUCGUUUUAAUCAGUCACAUUCAAACUUGAAAUGCCAACCAAGACCUCCCUGUCUCUGCCAGAGGACGUCAGGAAACGGCUUCAGGUGUUGGACGCAGAUGGAGACGGCCUCUCGGAUGAGGAGUGUGUGAGGGAGAAGCUUAGCCUGGUGCAAGGCUUCCUGCAGGCUGAGGCUCAAGACCAGCUCCGCAGCCUGGAGGCCAAGAUGAAGAGUGAGGAGCUGUCUGCGGAAGGGUACCUGUCCAAGGUGAAGGCCCUGCUGGGCCGGGAGCUGUGUGUGGAGAACGGUUCCCAUGGUGACAGCCCCAAGCAGAACGGCCAAUCAAAUGGAGUGGCAGAGAACGGUUCCCAUGAGGAGGACCUGCCGGGAGCCAUGGAAACGGAGGGGGAGGCGCUGAAGUCCCCCAGCGCCCCAAGAGCCCGGGGGGGCCGCAGGAGCAAGGUGGAUGGGGACCCCAAGAAAUCUCCUGCCAGUUCCAGAGUGAUGCGUAACUCCAGCAAGCAACCGACCAUCGUGUCCAUGUUCUCCAGAGCCUCCAGCAAGCGCAAAUCCGAGGAGGUGAACGGAGAGGGAGAGUGCGGAGACACGGCGGAGAGGAGCGAGGCCGGAGCUGCGGAGGAGGAGGAGGCUCAGGACGAGAAGAGGCUGAAAGUUGAGCUGGAGGAAAAGACAGAAGGCGGCCCUGCGGAGAAAGCCAAGCCCGUGUCAGCAGUGAAGACUCCGCCCCCCAAAUGCCCAGACUGCAGGCAGUACCUGGACGACUCGGACCUCAAGUUCUUCCAGGGAGACCCAGACGAUGCGCUGGAUGAGCCGGAGAUGCUGACGGACGAGCGCCUCUCGCUGUUUGACUCCAAUGAGGACGGCUUCGAGAGCUACGAGGACCUGCCGCAGCACAAGAUCACCAGCUUCAGUGUGUAUGACCGACGCGGCCACCUGUGUCCCUUUGACUCGGGGCUGAUUGAGAAGAAUGUGGAGCUCUACUUCAGCUGUGCCGUCAAGCCCAUCUACGAUGACAACCCCUGCAUGGACGGGGGUGUGCCUGCGAAGAAGCUGGGCCCGAUUAACGCCUGGUGGAUCACUGGCUUCGAUGGGGGAGAGAAGGCUCUCAUCGGCUUCACCACAGCGUUUGCCGAUUACAUCCUGAUGGAGCCCAGCGAGGAAUACGCCCCCACCUUCGCCCUCAUGCAGGAGAAGAUCUACAUGAGCAAGAUCGUGGUGGAGUUCCUGCAGAAGAACCCCGAGGUCACCUAUGAGGACCUCCUCAACAAGAUCGAGACCACGGUGCCCCCUGCUGGCCUGAACUUUAACCGCUUCACGGAGGACACCCUGCUGCGUCACGCGCAGUUCGUGGUGGAGCAGGUGGAGAGCUACGACGAGGCGGGCGACCCCGACGAGCAGCCCAUCAUCGUCACGCCCUGCAUGCGCGACCUCAUCAAGCUGGCCGGCGUCACGCUGGGAAAGAGCAUGCUGUUGUACUGGCGUGCUGCCAGGAGACAGGCCAUCCGCCAUCCCACCAAGAUCGAGAAGGACAACAAAGGGCCCACCAAGGCCACCACCACCAAGCUGGUGUACCAGAUCUUCGACACCUUCUUCUCCGACCAGAUCGACCAGAACGACAAAGAGGGCGGGGUGAAGAGGCAGCGAUGCGGGGUGUGCGAGGUGUGCCAGGCUCCAGACUGCGGGAAGUGCUCAGCCUGUAAGGACAUGAUCAAGUUCGGGGGCAGCGGCCGCAGCAAGCAGGCCUGCCACAAGAGGAGGUGUCCCAACCUGGCAGUGAAGGAGGCUGAGGAUGAUGAGAACAUUGAGGAAGAGGAUGUGCUGCCCGUGCUGAAGGCCUCCUCCAAGAAGAUGUCCCAGGCCAAGAAGAAGAAGCAGAGCCAGAUUAAGCUGUCCUGGGUUGGAGAACCUGUGCGGGUGGAGGGAGAGAAGCAGUACUACACGAGUGUGUGUGUGGAGAAUGAGGUGCUGGAGGUGGGAGACUGUGUGUCGGUCAGUCCAGAUGACCCGUCCAAACCCCUGUACCUGGCCAGGAUCACAGCGCUGUGGGAGGAGGACUGUGGAAAGAUGUUCCACGCACACUGGUUCUGCCGCGGGACGGACACGGUGCUGGGCGAGUCGUCCGACCCUCUGGAGCUCUUCCUGGUGGACGAGUGCGAGGACAUGCCCCUCAGCUACGUGCACGGCAAGGUCAACGUCACCUACAAGGCCCCCUCCAGCAACUGGUUCAUGGAGGGCGGCAUGGAUCAUGACAUUAAGGUGAUAGAGGAUGAUGGGAAGAGCUUCUUCUACCAGCUGUGGUACGAGGCCGACUAUGCCCGCUUUGAGACCCCGCCCAAAGCCACGCCCUCUGAGGACUGCAAGUUCACGUUCUGUGCCAGCUGCCUGCGUGUUCGGGAGCAGGAGGAGCAGGCGACUCCGCAGCCGCGGGAGCCUCUGGAGGAGAGAGACUGCAAGGUGUUCUACGCCUCGGCCUGCCUGAAGGGGGAGCAGCUGCGUCUGGGAGACAGCGUGUACCUGCUGCCCGAAGCCUUCUCCUUCGGGGUGAAGGCGAGCAGCCCAGUGAAGCGCUCUCACAGGAAGGACGAUGUGGAUGAGGAGCUGUACCCUGAGUACUACAGGAAGUCCUCUGACUACAUCAAGGGCUCCAACCUGGACGCGCCUGAGCCCUUCCGCAUCGGCCGCAUCAAGGAGAUCUUCUGCAACAAGCGCAGCAACGGCAAGCCCAACGAGGCCGAGGUGAAGCUGCGCCUCUACAAGCUCUACAGGCCAGAAAACACCCACAAGGGCCCCAAGGCGGGGUACCACACGGACAUCAACCAGCUGUACUGGAGCGAUGAGGAGGCGACGGUGGACCUGGCGGAGGUGCAGGGCCGCUGCCGGGUGGAGUACGGCGAGGACCUCACCCAACCCGUGCAGGAAUACUCGGCCGGCGGCCCCGACCGCUUCUACUUCCUGGAGGCCUACAAUGCCAAGACUAAGAGCUUCGAGGACCCGCCCAAUCACGCCCGCUCCGCUGCACACAAAGGCAAAGGCAAGGGCAAAGGGAAAGGGAAGGGGAAAUCCUGCUCCCCCCAAGAGCAGCAGGACCCUCAGGAGCCCAAGAUCCCCAAACUGCGCACCCUGGAUGUGUUCUCCGGCUGCGGGGGCCUGUCAGAGGGCUUCCACCAGGCUGGGAUCUCGGAGACGCUGUGGGCCAUAGAGAUGUGGGAGCCGGCAGCUCAGGCCUUCAGGCUCAAUAACCCGGGAAGCACGGUGUUCACAGAGGACUGCAACGUGCUGCUGAAGCUGGUGAUGGCGGGAGAGAAGACCAACUCUCUGGGCCAGAAGCUGCCGCAGAAGGGCGACGUGGAGAUGCUGUGUGGGGGGCCGCCCUGCCAAGGCUUCAGUGGCAUGAACCGCUUCAACUCCCGCACCUACUCCAAGUUCAAGAACUCUCUGGUGGUGUCAUACCUCAGUUACUGCGAUUACUACAGACCCAAGUUCUUCCUGCUGGAGAACGUGAGGAACUUCGUGUCGUUUAAGCGCUCCAUGGUGCUGAAGCUGACUCUGCGCUGUCUGGUGCGCAUGGGCUACCAGUGCACCUUUGGCGUCUUACAGGCGGGGCAGUACGGUGUGGCCCAGACCAGGCGCCGGGCCAUCAUCCUGGCAGCCGCGCCGGGCGAGAAGCUGCCCCGUUACCCUGAGCCACUGCAUGUGUUCGCCCCUCGCGCCUGCUCCCUCAGCGUGGUGGUGGACGAGAAGAGAUACGUCAGCAACGUGACACGGGGUAACGGCGGCAUCUACCGGACCAUCACGGUGCGGGACACCAUGUCAGACCUGCCCGAGAUCCGCAACGGGGCGUCGGCGCUGGAGAUCUCCUACAACGGCGAGCCGCAGUCCUGGUUCCAGAGGCAGAUCCGCGGGUCCCAGUACCAGCCCAUCCUGAGAGACCACAUCUGUAAGGACAUGAGCGCGCUGGUGGCAGCUCGCAUGCGGCAUGUGCCGCUCGCACCUGGGUCCGACUGGCGGGACCUGCCCAACAUCGAGGUGCGUCUGCGCGAUGGCACCACCACCAAGAAGCUGCGCUACACCCACUCCGACAAGAAGAACGGCCGCAGCAGCACCGGCGCACUCAGAGGAGUGUGUGCCUGCGCUGGAGGGAAGCCAUGUGACCCGGCCGACCGGCAGUUCAACACGCUGAUCCCCUGGUGCCUUCCGCACACCGGGAACCGGCACAACCACUGGGCGGGGCUGUACGGCCGGCUGGAGUGGGACGGCUUCUUCAGCACCACCGUCACCAACCCCGAGCCCAUGGGCAAGCAGGGCCGUGUCCUGCAUCCUGAGCAGCACCGUGUCGUCAGCGUCAGGGAGUGCGCACGCUCACAGGGCUUUCCUGACACCUACCGAUUCUUCGGAAACAUCCUGGACAAACACCGGCAGGUGGGGAACGCUGUCCCUCCACCCCUCUCCCGGGCCAUUGGCCUGGAGAUCAAGAAAUGCGUUGUGGAGAGACUGAAGGAGAACGCCACAGAGCCCGUGAAGCAGGAGAAGAUGGAGUGUGAAUAGCCCCCCGGUUGGCGCGUGUCCAUGUGGGGGCAGAGGGACAUACUCGCAGUGCCAGCGCGGCAUUUUUAUGGACAUUCUGUG